AUCAGUUGAAAGCUGACAGUCAAAAACACAGUUUGUAUAGUUUUUAAGCCAAUCACAUAUUAUAAAUUUAUUAAAAAUGGAAAUUUCAUUGCUCUGUUUGGCUGCCGUAUUGGUUGGAGCUGUUGCUGUGCCGGAACCGGAUGCUGACCCCCAAACAUAUUCAAAACCUGCCUACCCAGCAGUUCCGUCCGAUAACUGCAACCCUCGCAAGGCACCAAAGUGUUCGGAAAACAGCACUGAAACUUUCUGUCUCACAGACGCAGAAUACCCCGAAAAAGAAAUCAGGAGUGCCAUCAAGUACGACCCGUUGGUGCUGCAGAGGUACUAUGAUAUUGCCAAACAGUCGGCCGACAACUUGGUCGAUGGACUGACAUCUUUAUCGGAGAAACAUUACGACUACUCCAACUACACGGGCAAGACUUUCGAGAUGUCCAACUGGAUCGGCGAGGAAGGAUACAUUUGCCCCAGCACUGUCCACUACGCCCGCCCUCUGCGCGCUCUGAACGUUGACGGUAAAUGGCGUGCCAUCAUUCAAGAUAUCGCCUGGCCGGGAUACACGCAGACCCAACGUGUCGAGACUUGCUUGUUCCCCGGCUCCCCUUGCCGCACUUUGGCUCCUUGUUAUGGCAGCAAAUGCUUGCAAAAGUACGUCUACCAGCGCAUGUUGUCCUUCGAUCCUUGCGAUGCCAAAAAGGGAAUUUUCAUUGACCUUUACAAACUGCCAUCGGCUUGCUCUUGCCACAUUCCCGGUAAACUUCAUUGAGCCAAUGAUCCCUUAUAGAUAAUACUAAUCUUUCCUUUAAUUAGCCUAAAAUUUUCUCACCAGUAACGAAAAGUACGUCUUUUAUGAUAAGGUGAAAACGAAAACUUAUUUGUGUGCGUUGAAUUAUGACAUUCUCAUCAACAUACCGCAAAUAGUGAAAGAGAAAUUAAUAAAGUUUUAACUCAC